UACCGACAGCCUCCCUGCAAAACGUUUGUAUGAGCGGUCGACAACAGUCUGACUCGCUCCGCGGACACGAACCUUUUUAACUCCGCUUCACACUCUGACUUUUCUUUUUCUUUUUCUUUUUCGCUCCCCUUUGUGAAGAGUUUAGUUUGGAUAUUGUCUUUGGUUUCCGUCAUGUCUGGUCUUCUCUUCCUGGUGGUUUCCGCCCUUCUUUGCUGCGUAGGAAUGCAGCCUAUGAGCGUUAAAGGAGAAGCAUCGCCAGUCAGAUCAAUGAAGAUCCAGACCUUUGUUGGCCAAACGGUCAUCCUUCCCUGCCAAAUUAAAGUCAGUGAAUACGAAGAUGUCCCUUCAGUAGAGUGGUCCAAGGAAGGUCUGAAGCCCAACAUCGCCUUCCUGUACCGGCAUGGCUUUGAGACCUUCGAGGAGAAGAAUCCGGACUUCCAUUACCGGACCAACCUAUUCAUGAAGGAAGUGAAAAAGGGAAACAUGUCGCUGAGGCUUUCCGACGUGCGGCUGUCUGAUGCAGGAACAUACAAAUGCAGGAGGAUCCCGAUGGAGCCCCAGGACGCCAGUACAAUAGAGCUUUCUGUGGGUGCAGCGUCUGAGCCCAAACUCUCGCUGGUUCCAGGCGCUGGAGUGACUCUGCAGUGUGAAGCGAGCUGCUGGUUCCCGAUGCCCGAGAUUACAUUUCUCGAUGCUCAGGGGAACGUCAUCAGCGCUGAAGACCCGAAGAAUGAUCCAUCCACGAGCGGCUGUUUCAACGUCGCAAGGAGAGCGACUGUGCAGACUGGCAACAGGUUCACCUGCAGAGUUCACCAGCCUGACAUAAACCAGAGGAGGGACACGGAGAUUUACAUACCAGAUGACUACAUGGGAUCCUGCACUCCAACAGCCAUUCUAGCAUCCGCGGCUGUUCUAGCAUCCAUAACUCUAAAUGUAUUCCUAUGCUGGAAAUGUUGCAACUCUGAAGGACGUAAAUUGCCUUCCAACCAAUCACCAGUCCAAAGUUCAACACGCAGCAAUGCAGAACAUCAAAACCUGAGAAACCAGGCAGAAUCCGUCCAAAAUGCCGCCAACGAGCAUCGGAGAAAAGUCGAUGGAUUGAAGUCGAAACUUCAUGACAAAGAUGAGAUCAUCCGCAGACUAACUGGAGAACUUGAGUUCCUCAGAUCUCAGCAGCUGAGUCCUGUUGUGUGCCGCCAGCCCAUGAACCUCGCUCCAGAGUUUCCCCACGUCAUCGAUCCACAACCAGCAGCCUCAACCAACAACAGCGGUCCUGACCUUUUGACGAAUAGCGGUGCUGCGUCGCCCAUCGCUGCUUCUCCAGCUGCUUCUCCAGCUGCUUCUCCAGCUGCUUCUCCAGCCUUCCCUGCAGAAGGACCGCUUGUUGGCCUUUCGAGGAGCAUGUCCGAGUCUCGGCCUCGUUCAAACGCCACCAAGGCCCAACGUAGAUCCACCAUCUCAGUCCCGUCCAGUAACCGCUACAAUGUUCUGGCAAAUGUUUCUGAAGAUGAUGCGGAGCCGUUGCUGUAAAUGAGAACGGAGCACACUGUAGAACUUUGUGAUCAGUUCGGGUGGCUUUGAAACAAAUGAUUGCCUCCCGAUGUUUACAAAAUGCUGGGUACCCACGAGCCAUCGACACUUGUUGAGCGCUCAGGAGUUGCUGCUCAUUCUGCAGAUUUGAAAAACACAUCCUGUGAACCAAAGAAAAGUCUCCUGAGAAAGAGUUUUAAGUUUAGAUUUAUUUAAAUCUCUACACACUUAAAUGUAUUCAGGUUUCUGGUCUUCAGACCUUUCGUGGUUUUAGCUGUUACUUUAUGUAGAUUGAUUUAGUUGAAAAGGACGAAGCACCUUCUUAUCUAAAUAUAAAACCUUUAUUUAAGAAGUCCUUUGCACACGUGUCCCUUAUUGUACUCUGGGGUUUGUUUUAUUCUCUUUGGUGCUCUGGAGUUUUUAAAAGCAUUAAUACUUAUUCUGUCAACUCUCAGGAUAAUAACAUAUCUGCAUAUUUUUAAAGCUUUUUGUACUGUUAAUACUAAUAAGGGAGCUUUUAUUUGUUUAACAACAAAUAAACAGCAACCUGGUGAAUGAGGCAUUUAUCUAUUUGCUUCACAGGUGAAGGGUUCGAUCCGCCAGCGUUCAGCUUUAAAGAAAGUGAUUUAGAAGUAAUCUUUCAUCUAUAAAUGCAUCUGGUUUACAUUUCCUUUCAUUUGAAGCUGUUUUCAGAUGUGAAUGUGAUUAUUUCCGUCUCUUACGCCGCUACGAUUAUACCAUCGUCAAUCCUCUUUUGUCAUUAUAUUCAUUUAAUUUGUGAAAACAGACACAACAGCUACAGAAUUGUCAAGCAUCAAUAUUUUUGCCAUGUGACAGGAUGUAUUUACUGUCAAAUGUUUUUUAAAUGUUUUAUUCAAAGCUAAUAUUUUUACAUAUUUGAAAACCAAGUUGCACUUAGUUUUGUACUUAUGAAUUAAUGUCAUUAAAAUGAUCCUUAACAUGAUUCUGUCAUUGACUUAAACGUUGUUUUCUAAAUAAUUAAUUCAUUGAUUGAAGUGGAACCUAAAAAGUACAAACAAGGAUAAAACCAUCUGAACCAUCUGUCACUCAAACUCUCACCAGCCAGUCGGAAGAAGAGCUGAAACAUAUCUUCCAUCGAGGAAAGCCUUCCGUGUCGUUCUUUGUUCUUCUAUCAAAGAAGAAAUGCUCUCCAGUGUGUUUCUGUCCCCUGGUGGCCGAAUAGUGAUUCAUGCAGAUUUGAAUUAAAUGAUUUGGGAUAUUUGCUAUGACAGUUUGUAGUUUGUGGUCGUUUUUUUGUGCAGGCUGCUUCAUAUCCUGUUGGCUUGUCUGCAUGAGGCUGGUGACGGGUGUGAACCUGUGUGGGUGAGAAUGAGCUGAAUGCUCCUGGUGUCAUGUUAAUGUGUGCGUGUUGAAGUUUGUGGAGGUGAGAAGUCUGUCAGAAAGAACUAACACACGUUCCAUUAAAUCAACAGCCGCUGCUUUUUAUCGGUCCAACAUGAAUGUGAAUUAUGUGAUUUGAUUUUCCCUCUGUCUCUUUAUAAUCUGCUGCAGUAUAAAAUAUUCAUCUUUCAUUAAAGCUGUAGUUAGAAUCUGCCUUACCAUAUCUUCACAUAUAUAUUUAGGACACUCUGUGGCCUUAAGUCUCAUUAAAUCCAGUUAGAUGAGUUCUACAGCACUGAUUCUCAUAGUAUGGUCCAUGCAAAGUUUCCACAUUCAUUUAUUGAAUCAUCAUGAUGUAAACAUGUAUUUAUUUAUUUUUACAAGAUGAAA